AUGCGAGGGACUUUCGAAGCUCUCACUCUCGCUUGCUUUGGCAGUUUCUGUCUUGUUUACCAGACCUUGCAAAAUUUCUCCAGUCUCCACGAGUGGACCUUAGGAAAGCAAAGCCACGCGCGAAGAAUGAUAGGAAAAUUGUGCUCCGUACUGAGCCAGACAGUUCAAAGCGAAUUUAAGGUCUGGAUGCUUGAGGAAAUCUGCCCAGGCGGAAACGUCUUCGGGGCUAAGGAGGAUCGCCCCUGGAUCGCACGUGCGAUGGGUCUGCUCACCUCUCAGGCCUAUUAUGUGGCUUACUUUUUCCGAUUUCCGGCCAUUUUUGUGGGAAUUGAGUUAUUCUUUGCUAUUGCUACAUAUCGCGAUGAAUCAGAAGUGUAUAACGUUGCAAGAAGCGGCUCCCAAGUACAGUUUCAUCUAGGAUUACUAACAAAAUUCCGGAAUUCUUGGAGACACAAAGACCUCUUCGGCACCCUGGUCUCUCUGUCGGGUAUGCCGAAAUUGUCUAGCUUUUAUGAGAAGAGUUUACCAUGUUUGACAAUUAUUUGA